CAGUAAAACCUGCUACGGCUGGGUGUCUGUCCGUCGGCCACUGAAGUGAGUUUGGCGUGCUAAAUCUGUCGGAGUUGUGCCCCUCUCUUGUCAGUCGUUGGGUGUUUUCGUCGUGUUUUGUGUUAUUGUUUUUGAAGCUGGCCCCGUAGUCGAUGUAUGGGGUGUUUGGGAAAAGUUCCCGAGGAGCUCUUUAAGGAACCGGUGAAUGGCGGACAGUGGAGAUGGAUCAAGCUAACUGAUAGCUGAGUUGUUAGCCGCGAAUCACAGGUCAAGAAUAGGCUCGUGCUAGCAUGCUAACAGCAAGCUAAUUUAGCAUACCAUCGGUUAAGUCACUCUUUUUAAUCCGUAUCAUCCAAACUACUGUCGGGUUUUCCUCGGGCCUGGCUGUUACACUGUGGGGUGUUCGUAGAAAGACGCCAGCUAACCACAGAGGAAGAGGCGGUACUGUGUUACAAGAAAAAGCCCGAGGAUUUUUAUGUUGUUGUUGGCUGCUGUUUAUCUCUCAGCCCAGACCAAGAAGAGCAUGUUGUCCAACACACAGAACCAGCCACUGUUUCCGAACUCCGCGGGGCAGCAGAAUCCGGCGGGGCAGCAGAACCCACAGGUUCAGUUCCUCCCCUUUCACCCCAGACCCACCUUACAGAUCAAGAAGAACGCCAUAACAGACGACUACAAGGUGACCAGCCAGGUUCUGGGACUGGGCAUCAAUGGCAAGGUUCUCGAAAUCUUCCAGAAGAAGACUGGAGACAAAUACGCUCUGAAGAUGUUGCAGGACUGUGCCAAAGCCCGUAGAGAAGUGGAUCUCCACUGGAGGGCGUCGCCUUGUGCCAACAUUGUGCGCAUCAUUGAUGUCUAUGAGAAUCUCUAUCAGAGCAGAAAGUGUUUGCUCAUUGUCAUGGAAUGUAUGGAUGGCGGGGAGCUUUUUAGUCGUAUCCAGGAUAGAGGAGACCAGGCAUUCACAGAAAGAGAGGCAUCUGAUAUCAUGAAGAACAUAGGGGAGGCCAUACAAUACUUGCAUUCGAUUAACAUCGCACACAGAGACGUCAAGCCAGAGAAUCUACUGUAUUCCACAAAGAGGCCCAGUGCUCUGCUCAAACUCACAGACUUUGGCUUUGCCAAGGAAACCACCUCACACAACUCGUUAGCCACUCCCUGCUACACACCCUACUAUGUUGCUCCAGAGGUUCUGGGCCCAGAGAAAUAUGACAAGUCAUGUGACAUGUGGUCGCUUGGAGUUAUCAUGUAUAUCUUGUUGUGCGGUUACCCUCCCUUUUAUUCUAACCACGGUCUCGCCAUUUCUCCUGGGAUGAAGAGAAGGAUCAGGAUGGGCCAGUAUGAGUUUCCCAACCCUGAAUGGUCUGACGUAUCAGAGGAAGCGAAACAGCUGAUAAGGACCCUCCUAAAAACUGAACCAACCCAAAGGAUGACCAUCACAGAGUUCAUGAAUCAUCCAUGGAUCAAUCAAUCAAUGGAGGUUCCACAGACCCCACUUCACACCAGCCGUGUACUAAAGGAAGAGAAGGACACGUGGGAGGAGGUCAAGGAGGAAAUGACCAGUGCCUUGGCAACAAUGAGGGUUGACUAUGAGCAAAUCAAGAUCAAGACCAUUGAGGACUCGUCCAAUCCACUGCUAACGAAACGGAGGAAGAAAGCCAGUCACACCAUGGCGGACCCACAGUCCGCCACCCACUGAAAGAUGCACGCAUGCAUGCACAUUUAAAAACAGGUUGUAAAAAGGAAGCAAUAACUUGUCGACACAUGAUCUGCAUUGCAUGGAUUUUCUCAGUGUUUUAUUUUUUCAUGGCAAAAUUCUAAUGUUUUUUAGGAGUGUUUGUUUUUAUUACUCUACCAUUUUAAUGAAUUCACCGCUCUGCUCCAGCAGAGAGGGGGUGUUGAUCUGUGUUUGUACACCAGAGAAGAGAUUAAAAGGAGAAGAGAGGGAGUCAGUGAGAUCUCCUCUCCUCUCCUUUCCCAAAUAUCAGGUUGUGCGUGCUCGGAAGGGCCUGGAUGUUGGAAGAGGACUCGAAGCCUUAGCAUUAGCAGUCGUUUUUCACCCCACAGCCAUGUUCUAGCUCUAGCCCAAAUUCUGUGAAUGUCACAUGAAAUGGCUAAAUCCCAAAAAAAAAAAAAAGCAAGGGAAAGUUAUCUUUUUCAUACAUGGCAAGUAUGCAGAUGUAUUUUGAACUGACAAGCAGAAUGUAAGGACCCUGUCCCUGACCCGUUGGGAUUAGCCGGAAGUAGUCACUCAUUGAUUUGGAUGGGGGGUGUCGGGUUCAGUUUGUCUUUGUGAAUGUCGAACAGAGGCCUAUGCACUCACAGAAGGGCCAUGUGCCAUUCAGACGCAGCACCUCACUCACGGUCCCUCUCUCCUAUUUUAAUGUAUGCUUGUUUUUCAGGUACAUAGUUUUAGGGCAGAGAAGGAGGGCACGUUUCACAACAGAACUGGGCUCCACUUCCUCCUGCAUGUAGCUCAUAGGAGAGGAGGAGACAAAGGAUACUGUAUUUUUUCAUGGAUUUUAUGAACAUUUUAGCAUAGGCCUUACUGAGUAUUGCUAAAGCAGCAAAUUAUUUUUAACCCCUACCUACCAUUUGGUUCAGGCAUUUACCAAUGUUAUCCUUCAGAAUUUAUGACAUUGCCAGAUUAUAUUUCAGGUCAAUGCUAUGCAGACGUGUCUGUCAGCUUGAAGUUCUGCUAGGGCCUUUUUGUUAGUGUCAAUUUCUGUUUGCAGACGCGUCGAGCAACAGUAAGGUGACUUUGUGUGUUUUAUGUAAGCAGUAGCGCCCUCUUCGGGAGUAAAUGGUUCCGAUUGGUCUUUUUUUUUUUUUUAGAGUUUACUGUUGGUUACACCAGCUCAACCAUCAGGAGUCUCAGUGAGACUAAACCAGGUGCGUUUCCGGUGUUGUCCUCACCUCCACACACUUCCUGGAGGACUGAUAGAGGAAGCAGAAAGUACUGAAGAGCCGUCGCUCUUCCCCCGAGCAGAAUCUGACAUACCACCAGCAAACUGUUGUCACAUUCAAAGGUGGUGUGACGGACAGUUCCUCUUCUUUUCAGCUCACUUGGGAUCAUGGGAAAUAGCUGUGUUUUUGUCUGUAUGGUCCACUUCACUUGUAAAAUCACACCCACAUUACCUGUCGUAUCGCACCUACAAAUCUCUCACUGUAUACAUUUUCAUUGAACAUGUUGGGAAAUGUUCCCUAUGGGUUUUUUUUCUUCUCCUUUUUUUUAUUUGUCUGUUUUUGUUUUUAUCCCUUAACACUUUUCUGCAGUGGAGGCACAGAUGUUUUUUUUUUCUCUCUCCCCUUUCAUUGUUCAGCUCUACCUGCCGUACUUUCUGCUUCAGCUUUGGAUUAAAAAAACACAUAAAGCACAAA